AUGGCUAGCACGUAUCUUCGUCCCUUAACAAGUUCAAAGAGAGUUAAGCUGGUUUUAACGUGCGAUAACUGUAAAGAUCGUAAGGUUAAAUGUGAUAAAGAACGUCCUGAAUGUGGAACCUGCAAGAAAACGCGCAGGCCUUGCAGCUACAAUUACGCGGAUCGAACAGUUUUAAUGAGAGACCAGCAAGGUCUAGGCUCUCUGCCUGAUUCAACUUGCCUUCAGAAUCAGUUGAAUUAUUUACAGGGAAUACAGUUUGGUCAACUGUUCGAAGAAACCGGAUUUUUGGCAAUGGCAGCACGUGUUCCUCCUGGUGUCGAAAUUGAUAGCCCUCAAAUUCCUGGAAUGUUAGCGAGGCCAUUGGUAACAGUUCAACCGGGUGAUAAUACAUUUAGCAACAUUGAUGGUACUUCUGUGAUCACCUCUGAAGUUCUUCAAAAUUCAAUUAAUAUCGUAUCAAACAUUCAAAGACCAUCUGAACAAUGUCAAUACGAUCCAACAUAUUUUAUAAACCACGCUGAUUUUGCCGCACUUACACAGCAGGUUCCUCAAAUAUCUGAAGACUCUGCAAUGAACGAUCUUACAUCGUCAAUCAACAAUUUAAGGCUAUAUGAAUCAACCCGUUACGUUGGAGAGGGCUCGUUACUGAUGCUAGAUGAUGAUAAUAAUGAGUUAAUAAUUCCAGAACAGCAAGAUGAUUUGUCUGUCGUUGACGAUUCACUCAAACACGUCCAUCGAUAUUUUCCUGCGUUAAAAGUACAAGUUAUCUGGGAUGCUAUACACAAUCUACUUAGGCCACAGCACUUGUUAUUACUAAACUGCAUAUUCUGCGUUGCAUCACCAUUCCAUGAUGAUCCAGAAAAACAAGAUGGAAACAUAUAUUUUGAUCGAGCAGAAGAACUACUUUAUGAAUAUUGUACAAAGCCACAUGUUUUGACAGUAAUAUCGAUAGUUAUCUUAAGUCGCCAUAAUAAGCAGACAGGCACAGCAUGGACGUAUCAUGGAAUAGCAACUAAAAUGCUGAUUGAGCUUGGGUUGCAUCGCAAAUGUAGGAAUUUAAUACUUAAGAUGGAUGAAGUUGAAAGAUUGAGAAACGAAGCGUUUUGGAUGACUUUCAUUUCUGAAAAUUUUGUGACUACAACUUACGGCCGACCAAAUAUGAUUGAUGAAACUGAUUGUAAUAUAGACGUACCUAGAAUACCAUAUGAUCAAUAUGAUCAAAACUUAGACGAAAAUGCGCGACUCGAAAUUGCUUACAUUAAUCUAAUUAAUCUCAGCCGGAUUUGCGCAAGGGUGCGGAAAUAUCUACAUGCUGCAUCAAGAUUAAACUUCUUGAUGCAAGACGACCAAAACAAAUUUCGUGUAUUGGAUGCUGCACUGGCAAGUUGGAACCACGCACUACCACAAUGGCUAAAAUGUGAUGUAAUCAUGAAAGAUCCUGAUGGAAUUUUAUUAAAUGGCAUCGGAGGCGAUAUGCAUAUCUUUUUCUGCACCAUCAUUAUUCUUCUCCAUGGCAGAUAUUUAAAGCCACCAGAUCAGUACGCUGAUGUACCUUACUCUGCGGUUUCUCCUGCAAUCUGCUUGCAUCAUGCCAAAAUAAUAGUUUAUUACCUUGAAAUACUAUUGACUAAAUAUCCGGAAUUUUUUGCUCUCGCAGUAUCAGGCCCAUUUGCAAUUAAUCCAGCAAAACGCGUUUUUACUUGGCAUGCUAAAUAUGAUAAUGAACAUUGUAAAAUAUCUGAAGAAAUGAAAGCACGUCUUGAAGCUAUUGAAGGCCAGAUUUUGAAAUUUGCACAGAAUUAUGAUCGGGGAAGGAUACAGAAUGAUGAAAAUUAUGACAGACCUACCGGAUGGCUAG